AUGGACUGUCAAAAAGCAUUUGAGAAAUUUGCCAAAGAGCCCAUCCUGCAACACCCUGACCCAGAGCAGCAAUUCAUAAUCCAGGCAGAUGCCAGUGAUGUUGCUGUAGUGGAUGUGCUGUUGCAAAAGAACAAAGAGGGACAACUCUUGCCAUGUGCUUAUGUCUCCACAAAACUCACUGCCACUGAAAGAAGGUGGGCCUUUUGUGUAAGAGGAAAGAUGGGUCCUGCAGGACAAACUGGAGACAAAGGAGACCAAGGACAGUCUGGCAAAAGAGGGCCUACAGGAUUAGUAGGAGGUAAAGGUGACAUGGGACCUCUUGGUCCAUUAGGACCAAAAGGGGAGAAAGGAGAAAGAGGAAAAACCGGUCCACCGGGAAUCUGUAAAUGUGGGCAAAUCGUACUGAGAUCAGCUUUCUCUGUGGGUAUUACUACAAGUUACCCAGAGGAAAGAGUGCCAAUCAUAUUUAACAAAGUCCUUUUUAAUGAAGGAGGACAUUAUAAUCCUUCAACAGGAAAAUUCAUCUGUGCCAUCCCAGGGAUUUAUUAUUUCUCCUAUGACAUUACAUUGGCAAAUAAACACCUUGCCAUCGGUCUAGUUCAUAAUGGAAAGUUCCGGAUAAAGACAUUUGAUGCUAACACAGGAAACCAUGAUGUGGCAUCCGGGUCAACUGUGAUUUACCUCCAGCCUGAGGAUGAGGUUUGGCUUGAGAUCUUCUACACUGACCAAAAUGGCCUUUUUUCUGAUCCCACAUGGGCAGACAGUCUGUUUUCAGGAUUUCUCUUAUAUGUGGAUACAGACUACCUUGAUGCUCUGUCAGAUGAAGAUGACCUGUGAUGGAGAUGACUACAUACUUCUAAAUGAACAAAAAGCAGUGAACAGAAUCUGCCCUUCCCUCUUAAUAAAGGCGAUGCCUUUGUCUG